AUGCCUCCCUCACAGCACAUUGACGCUGAUUCACUUGAAAAUAGCAUUUUUCAAAACGCAGGUAAAUACCAGCCUUUAAUUGGUAAGUACUUGAAUGCCGGGAAGGCUUUCCAUCGUCUCAGACGUCAGUCUCAGCCGGAUUCCAAGCUUGUGGCCCGGUUUUCUGGCGUGGAAAAUAAGUAUAAGCUACCAGAGACAAGUAUGGAUGCAAGUUUGGCCUAUCAAAUGGUCCAUAGUGACUUGACCCUUGAUGGUAAUACCACUUUAAACUUGGCAUCUUUUGUCAACGUUCACGUUGAUGACUAUGCUCAAAAAUUGAUCGAUGAGAACCUUACCAAGAAUUUAGCAGACAACGAUGAGUAUCCUGUUCUUAUCGAUAUGCAAGAUAGGUGUGUUUCGACCCUUGCCGACAUGUGGCAUGCCCCUGUUGAAGAUCAGGCCCCAGGUAGGACUCUAUCUCCAAAGACUAGGGCCAUCGGUACUGCCUGUACUGGUUCUUCCGAGGCGGUCAUGCUUGGAGGUCUUGCCAUGAAAAAGAACUGGCAGGCACAUCGUAAAGCUGAAGGUAAGGAUAUUUCAAAUCCAAAUAUCCUCAUGGCUUCUUGCUGCCAAGUUGCUCUCGAGAAGUUUGCUCGUUACUUUGAUGUUGAGGCCAGAAUUGUGCCUGUUUCCUCCUCUGAUUACCUCAUCGAUUACAACAAGAUUCGUAGCCGUUUGGAUGAGAAUACUAUUGGUGUCUUCGUCAUUAUGGGUUCAACUUAUACCGGUGGCUUUGAGAACGUUAGCUUGGUCAAUCAAAUUCUCGAUGAUUACGAGGAGGAGACUGGUAACUAUGUUCCAAUUCAUGUUGAUGGUGCCUCUGGUGGUAUGAUUGCCGCUAUCAUGUACCCAGAACUCGAGUGGGACUUUCGUGUUCCAAGGGUGAUGUCCAUCAACACCUCUGGUCAUAAGUUUGGUCUCGUCACUGCCGGUCUCGGUUGGGUUGUCUUUAGAACCAAGGAAUGGCUUCCUAAUGCUUUGAAGUUCCAGUUGCAAUACUUGGGGGGUCUUGAAGAGUCGUUCAGCUUGAACUUCUCUCGUCCUGGUUUCCAGGUUAUUCACCAGUACUACAACUUCCUUCAUUUGGGUCGUCAAGGUUACAAUGUUAUAUUUGAUAACUGUCUCACCAAUGCUAGAAUUCUCUCCUGCUUCUUGGAAGAAACUGGCUAUUUCAAGUGUAUCUCCAACUUGCACCUUCCAUUUGGUCAGACCGUCCAUGGUGGAAAUGUUUCUCCCACUCCUAUUAACCACCACGAGUAUCUUAGUAAUCAUAAGGACUUCAAUCCUGCUCUUCCAGUGGUUUCAUUCCAACUUUCAGAGGAGUUUGUUAGGAAGUAUCCGGAAAUUCCUCAGAUAAUGAUUUCUCAGAUGCUUCGUAGUAAAAAGUGGAUUGUUCCUAAUUAUGGUCUUCCAAGCACUAAAGUUCCUCCUAAGGAUGGUAAAGAACAAGAAGCAACAGCAGAUGAUGAUGAUGAUGAUGAUGAUGAUGAUGGUGAUGACGGUAAAAACAACGAGAUCUUGCGUGUAGUUGUUAAGUUUGAUUUGGAAGGUGAAUUACUGGACAAACUUAUGCACGAUAUUGUCGAUGUUGUUGAGGUGUUAUCUGAAUCCGUCGAAAUGGUUAGAAACAACGUCAAGCACAUGAGAGAAAUUAAGGCUGACAGUGCUGAAAUCGGUUCGGGUAUGAUUUACAACAUGCUUAUCAGUCUUGCAAAUGAUGCUGAUAGACGUUUAGUCAAGUUGAGAAAGCGGAUUGCCGAUGAGCAUGAGGAUCAUUUACAUACUUCCUACAGGGGUACCUGCUGA